CAGGAACCAACGCCGAGAGUGGACCCGACAUCAGGAAAAACCGGAUUUGCUAAAAACCUUCUAAAACGUGCUAAAACGUGCUAAUUUAGUAGCUUUAGAGGGUUUCGGUACCCAAUAAGCGACUCUUUCGAUAGUCCGAUUUUUCCUGAUGGAGUCCACGAGGUACUGAUGCCGGGUAAACGACCGCGUUUUGCUCCUAUGCGUCCCCUUUUUGAGCGUUCUGACUUUCACCCCCGAAGUAGCCGCGCGACGAGCACGCAAGGGUAUAUCACUGCUCCCCAGAUUCGGCGCAAAGGCGUUCGUACGUACACCACGUCGACGGCCAGCGGUUGUAACAUUCAGGCGUGCAGAACACCCUCUGUAACGUGGGAGACGGCUCGAGAUCCCGACGCUCCUGAUAACGUUCCCUAUGCAGGUAUGAUGUGAUCCAACACCGUGACGGCGGCAUCGGUGUCGAUUGUCGUUCCCGACCCGAUUUGCAAGGACCGAACCAACCCCCCCCCCCACUAACCCAUUCGGCAUGCGGGGCGUGCGACAACCUCUCGCCCCGGUCAUGGACGUCCGAGUCCGCGAGCGCGUGAACACUCGGAGGGGCGCGACGGGUGGGUCGGUGGGUGUGGUGUGGCACGUCGGUUUGAGAACGUGAUGUCUUGUCGAUGGGUUGCUUAAUCCCAACCUACCGGCGCCGAUCAGCGAGCGUCAUGGGCGCCCAUCCGCGAAGGUAAUACACCACACACCACCGCCGCGUGCCAAGCGAGCGUCGUGGUCAACAAGAUCGGAUUACGGUCGCUCUCCUGUACGCUACUAGGCGGACGUGAAAGGUCGGGUCGUACCGCGACUACGUAUAUGCCAAUCUUGUAGAUACCGCCAACUCGGAGGACGGUCGGAAGGGGGCGGGAGUUUGAUCGCGUUGGCUAUAUGCAUGCGCUUGCUUGAUCGUAGUGCCAGUACCCGUUUAUACGGUCGUUUUCUAUAUCGAGCUCAGACUGAUAGGCUGUGGUCGACAGAAGAGGAUCGGGGUAGACAAGACAGUUGGACCCGGUAAGGCAGCGCGCCCAGGAUCGUGGUGACAGCAAUAUCGAACCCGGGGGUUUCCCAUCCCUUGCGGGUCGAGAAGGAAUCCGCGCACAGCGCAGAAUCCGCACGUCCUGAAGCUCGCUAUCAUGCCCUUGUCCCGGGGAAUUAAGAUCAAUGACUUCAUCGGAGCAGAGGAGGAGCUUUGUUUUAAUUGAUACCGAUGAGAAGCGUUGUCGUCCCGGCUCCGUUCCCCCCGUUAUAUCGGAAGCAGGGAUUCCAUUAUGCGUGAAUGGUAUAGCCGCCGAGGGAGGGUCGUCGACGAUCUUUUUUCCCAUCCGCGAUCUUCGCCGGGUUCCUUCUGUCAACGUUCAACGUCCGAGCGAUAUCGUUCAUCCAGAAUGGAGUGGGGUUCCCUGCGCAUCGAGUCUCAAGAAGGAAGACGGGAAGGAUGGCCGGUGCCCGGUGGAGAGAGGCGAUCUGGUGAGAGCGCGCCAUGAGGCUGCCCCUGAUUGGAUGGACUGAGGAGGCCAAUGGGGUGUGAGACCCGGCCCCGUCCAUGGUCCCGUGCGGCGAGCGCAGUCCGAGACCGGAGACAGCGAAUAGGGGAGAGGACAGGACACGGGCACCGGUACCGAAGACGACGGUACGGUCUCAGCUGUACCGUAUACGAGCGCUGACCAAAAGCUGACAUGCGCGUGCAUAGGCAAGGCACAGCCCAAGCUCUGGCCCGUUUGCUCCAGCUCCAGCCUCCAGAUCGGCUGAACGAUCGGACAGGACAUGUACAGGACGGGACGGGUCCCAAAACCGGCCCAAAAGCGCAGCCAACUGAGACCAAUCAACGAACCAGAGCCGGAUUGAGUUUUGAUCCCUCUCGAUGAAUCGAAACAAAGAGGCGAUGGAGCCACGGAUUUUUUUGAGUCCGUCUCGGAUGCUGUUGUGGGUUCUGUCAAGAUGAGGGUGUCUUCACGGCCUUACCGUUCGUAUUUCGCCUCUUUUCCAACCAUCCUCUCCCACCCACGCAAGGUAAACUUCGAGGGGACUGACUGAUUGGGCUGAGCGUCCAACCCCCCGGUGCGGGGAAGCGCGGGCUGUUCCUGUGCUCGUUGCGCCAGAAAACGCCGCCGUUCUACAGUAUCACGAGCCCCGGAGGAUCGCACAGGAUCGCGCCCUCGCAUCGAGUCACUUGCUCGUCCUUACGUUCCGGCCUUGCUGGCGAGCGUCACGUUCCGCCGGGCGGAUGAGAUCCGUUCGCGUUGUACGUAUACGCAGCGGCGGAGAGGAACACGCCAGCGGCCAAACGCGAGCUCGCCCGCCCGCCGCCCCGCUGACCGCGGCGUGCCACGUGAGCAGGCCGGAAACGGGGGCUCGCGGAGGUCGGCGGUCGCUCGAUUGGCUGGCGACGGGGUCUGGACCGCGGGCCUGCGGGGCUCAGGUCAUGAGACCUCUUUUUCCGUUUCUGCUCUUCCGGGCUGGCCUGCGACCGCCGACGCGGGAGGUCGAAGGCGAGAGAAAUAAAAUCGACCGCACACCAAACAUGGUCCGCUCUCCCCGUCUUCCCCAUCCUUCUCCUCCUCCUCCUGUUCGUCCCCCUCGCUCUCUCCACCGCCACCGCCUCCUCGUCCCCGCCGCCGCAGCGUUUACUGCGCAGGAUAGUACAGGACAGGUACAAAGACCAAGGCAUCUGGCAUGAUACGCAUCGGCCGCCUGUUCGACAGGCGCGACAGGUCGCCCUCGCCCAGCGCGCUCCAGCGAACCCCCCGAACACGCCCCGACGAAGCGAACCCUCCCGAUUCGACCGAGUCCUCUACUAACAUAGCGUCCGGCGUGAGUCAUCAUCCCGUCCGGUUUAUAGUUCUCGGCAAGCUGAUUAACGGCGGCGGGGUGGUGUUCCUUCCUUCUUCGAAUCUUUCCCGCUUUCCGACGUGUGCAGUCAAGAUCCGCCGGCUUCCACAUCGUCAGCGUCGUAGGACUCGGCAGGACCGCGAGCACCAAGACGAUCUCUGCCCCGACGUCCACCAGCCUCAAGCGCGCGUCGCGACUCGUCCGUCGCCCGCGCUCCACGUCCGCGCAUCGAUCGACCCGGCGACGCUCGCCGUCGCCUCUACCGCCGUCCCCCGCCGCCGUAGAUCUACCAUCGGACCCAGCCUCGGCGCUCCCUUUACCCCCGCCCAUCCGCCCUCGACCGAUCACGCAGCGAUCCAUGUCGUGGUCCGGCUCGCCCACCCCGCCCCGGUCACCGACGCCGUCGACGUCGACCACCUCCCUCCGAUCACCGCCGCUGUCGCGACCGUCCCCGCUAUCGUCUCCCCCCGCGGUUUUGGCGUCGUCACCGUCACCAUCAUCAUCACCAUCUUCACCAGCACCUCCUGCUCCACUCACUCCCCGUCUUCAAGCGCUCGACCUGCGCACCCCGAUCGACCCCGCGGCGAUCCACACCGAGUUCGUCCGCGCCGGCCUGCCCGUCGAGCGCGUCCGCUCGAUCCCCGCCCGCCGGCCGCGCGUCACGCACCUGAUGGAACAGCACGCCGAGUUCGUCGCCGAGGUCGGCGAGUGGCGCGCGGAGGCCGCGAUCCCGGAGACGGACGAAGAGAAGGAGGAGGGGGAGGAAGAGAAGGAGCGCGGGCUGCGCAAGCCCGGCUCGAGCUCGAGCCUGCGCUCGAUGGCGACGCGCAAGCGGCCGUCGCAGGAUACGCUGUGCGACUCGCCGAUCGAGUCGGCGUCGGGCGAGACGUUGUGUGCGUAUACGGACGAGCCCGAGCCCGAAUCCGAGGCGGAGAAGAAGAAGAAGAAGAAGGAGAGCAAGGCCGCGCCCGCGCCGUCGCUCGAGAAGCUUAUCGCGCUGGAGAAGGCGAUGUCGACGCCGACGCUCGCGUUGCCCGGCGCGGCGCCGAGGCUGGAUCCCGCGGUCGAGCCGCAAAAGCCGAAGGCGAGGCGCGCGUUCUCGCUCUGGCCGUCGUCGUUCAGACGGUCGUUGCUGCACACGAAGCUGCCGGUGUCGGCCAGUGCGCCGGCGUCACCGUCGUGCGACGCGCCCUCGUCGCCCAUGCUGCUGCCGAUGAGCGCGUCCGUCGCGUCGGGCUUGCAUUUCUCAACGAGGCGGAGGACGAACAGCAUCGUGUUCUGAAGCUUCCAUCGUCAACAACCGACCUCGCCUUAUCCCCCCUCCUCCUUAUCAAUCUCGGGCUGACUUUACUCAAAGAAUGGACAAGGGGGUGGAAUGUUUUUGAACCUGUUCUUCUUCUGUUACUACAAAGUAUUCGAAAAACCUUCUAAUUCUUCGCUCUUUGUUCUUUCUUAUGUGUCGACUGGGUUGCUCUCACUGUGUGGGCCUCACGGAUCUUUCGUUGCUGUGGAUUUUUUUCCCUUCUGCUUCUACCUCUGUAUGCAUGUAUGGGACAAUGGGAUCGGGAGGCACGGGAUGGCAUGAAAUGUAAUAUCACGACUGGCUGCUCAAACGACAUACCUGGGUAUACCCUCACGGAGGAGCCCUCCGCAUUCGCGUCGGAAUCCCGUCGAGCAAGCGAGCGAGGAACGCCCCCACAUGGCGCGCUUGGACGCCGAACGCGGCGGGGCGCGGC